AUGGAGGCGAUUCUCGCGGCGAUGCGCGCGGCGCAAGGGGUGGAGGGGAUUUCAGAGGGGAACGCGUCGGAUGACGAAACGCGCGACGACGCGACGACGACGCCCGCGGGCGAGGCGGGGAGGCACCGGGCGAUGCAGACGGUGUGCGCGGAGUUCGCCGCGAGCGCGGGGGCGUGGUUGGGGGGACGGUGGUAUCAACACUUUGAGUCUUGGUUGUACAGCCGUCGGGGCGGAGACGCCGACGCCGACGCGUUCCCUCGCGGCGAAGACGCCGAGCGCGAUGCGGUGCUCGCGCGGAAAUUACGAGCGAGCGGUGCGUCGGAUGGCGAGGCGACGCGGAUAUGUCGACGGUUGGCCAAGGCGAGUGAAAACGCGCGACGAGCGGCGGCGAGCGCGGAGGCCUCGACGCGUUUCAACGCAAAGGCCAACAGAGUGCGCCGCAGAGAGUUCGAGGUCGGCGGAGACAAGGGCGUUCGAAAGGUGGAAUUGUCGUGCGGGAAGGUGAAGUUGGAGGUGAACGCGCGGCAUUACGCGGGAUUGCGACGACGGUUCGAGGGACGCGCGGACGACGAAGCGUUCCAUCGAGCGGCGUUUUGUCUUCUGGCUCGAUAUGCGUGUUUGCAGGGAACGCAUUACAAGGCUGGAAACAUGCAGGCUGCUGUUCCGACGGGAGUUUUGGACGUACUGCGAGGGAAAUUCGGCGUGCGUUGCGAGAUGUUUGCGUCGCCGCUGAACGCGUACCUGGAAGAAUACUGCUCCGCUGUGCCCGCGACGGAUCGACAGUUUGGAAGUCUCGGAUCGGCGUUUGAUUAUGAACCCGAAGAGGGGUCGUUCGAGUGCAACCCCCCGUUUGAUGAGGAGUUCAUCUCGCGAUUGGCGGGACACCUCGAGCGAUUGCUGGCGAAGAAUAGUAAGAAGCCACUGUCGUUCUGCGUGAUCGUCCCGAAGUGGCUGGAGAGCCGUGGAUGGAAGCGAAUGGCGAAGAGUGUGUAUUGUACCUCGAACACAUCGCUCGAGGCAAAGGAGCACGCUUUUAUCAGCGGCGCGCAACACUCGCGCGUGGAUCAGAUGACGGCGUCCGCCGCGGCGACUAGCGUCAUCUUCUUGCAAAAUAGAGCGGGCGAGCGCAAGUGGCCCGUCACCGCCGACGCGAUCGACAUGAUUCGAGCCGCGUUCUCACCAAUAAAGAGUCAUACGCCUCGCGACGUGGAAAAAUGGGAUCCGGACGCUCCGCUCGGGUUAGGAACAAACACCCGGCGACUUCCGGCGGGAUCGAAGAGUUGGGUGUACGCGUCGAAGCGACAGUCACCCGCGGACGAAACCGUCGAGACGCCGGCGAAGAAGAAAAAGAAGUCGAAAAAAGUCGCGAAUGGCGCGAUUUCGGCUGAUUUUUUCCGUGACUGA